AUGGCGAGGUCGAGGGAGGUAAAUGAUAUGCUUCGUAACUUGAGAGGUGAACAGUUUAGGCAAAGCCAGAACAAGCGCAAGUCCCGAACCCAUGUGUCCUCGUCUACUACUUUCGCUCGCAACUCCCCAUCGCUCCCUUUAGAGGUCAUUAGCUUGUCCCUCGAUUUAGACCCAACUACAGGAACGUUCAAGAUUGCUGAGAAAGCAGACUCAUCGACAUCCACGACCUUUAGUAAGUACUCAGGUCCAGCACCUCCAAAGAGUUGGUCCUCAACACGCGCCUCCGAAGAUGUUGGUUCAGGACUAAUCUGGCGGAGGAGGGCGCUGUCUCUCAUUUUCCGAGGCUGGAAGCCAUUAUCAGAACUUGUAUUACCCCUGACUCUCAUUUGCCUCAGCCAAGUACUCUCUUACACGACUACACCUGAGUUCGUCGAUGAAGUUGUUCCUUGCAUCCCUCCCCAUUUGCGCGUGGAACUUCUCAGGUAUUCUGCGAUAUUCAAUCCGUUAUGCAACGCUCGGUUGUCCUCCAUGAUCGGGGCAGAAGGGCAUGUUGAGGGCGAGUUGAUCGUCGUUGGACCCAACGCGUCCCUUUCCGAAGAGCAUUUUCUUCAUGUUACUCCUGGUCUACGAUCCUUCCCGCAGCAUGACUGGGACUCCGAUGAUCCUGUACCGAAUCCAUUACGGCUCUUCGCUCUGGUGUUGACAAAGCUCGCCACCUCCACCUUGUUGACUCUUCCUCCCACCAUCACUCAUAUGGCUCUCAUCAAAUUACCGACUCCCAUACCGCUCCAUAGGCUGCCUCUGGUUUGUCCUUUAUUAGAGGUCCUUGAUUUAUCGUAUAAUACGUGGUUGUGUCCUCCGUCAGAUGAAAUGCUGAAGAGCUUGGAAAGGUUGGAUUGGGCAAGAUGGAGACAUUUACAGGUAUUGGGAAUCAGAGAAUGUUUCAUGCCAGAAGAAACAAUAGUAAGUGUUAACAGAGGUAGAUGGGACGAUGUGGAGUUAAUACAAUGA